AUGGCUCAGACAAUGGAUGAUAUGAGUGAUCAUGGACUGCAUGCUACAGACCUUGGAUUCUUCUCUGUGAUUGACCAGAAUUCGGUCGAUGACCAUUCUAUGGAUCCUUAUUCUGACCUCGAGCAUGAUUCUAUAAACCACCACUUGAAUGUGGCCAGUUCUGCUGCAACUGUUCCAUCAGCUACUGUUGCUCUAGAGAAAAAUCCGGAUGAAGUAAUAGAAACUGACAGCACUGAUAUUCUAUCCAGACAGGCAGUCGGUUCUCAUCUCGGCACUGGAUACGAAUGCUUGUCCAGUGGGCUAUUUUUCGUAUUUCAAGAAGACCUAAGUUCUCCGUUGGCGGAUCUGGCCAGAUCAACAUGGGUAGAUCCUCCUAACGGUGUUGCUGGAUUUAGUAUAGAUAUACUGGAUACAAUAUGGAAAAUACAUUUGGCUCCUAUAGGAUUCAAACUGCGCCAGGUGAUGGUCUUGGAGCAUUUGCAGUAUUUAUCAAAGUAUCUUGUUCCAAACUAUGAAAUAUCGGCUUCGACGCAACCUGUUCAUACACUGUCUAUUGUACUGAUGAUCAAUGAAAUGUUCCGAUUGCGGCGUGCUGAUCCAUGGUCUGUUUUCGCCGAGGAUUUGUCGAAAUUUGAACUACUUUUCUUGCAAGUUCAGCAUCUGCUUCUUUCUACCGAUUACGAUCUUGGAUUUGAUGAAAGGAGAUUUUUGUUGAUUUUUUUGACUCAUUGUUUUGAGUCGCUAGAAAUACCAUUUGUACGAUCUGAAUGCCUCAAGAUUACAGGCAUUGGUAUAUGGCACGAACUUAUGAGUAGAGAAAUUUGCGAGCAACAUGUGACCGAGGCUCCUGAACGUCAAGCAUUGUGGGAGCGUUCUGAAAAACGAUAUCAAACAGCCAAGCAAUCUAUAAAAGAAAAGUUACUUUUCAAUCGUUCGUUUUUAAGCAAGCUUAUUUGGGGAUUUUUAGACAUUUUAGCUGAUAUUCCUAAAAGCGGAUCUGCUCCUCAUGGUGCAGUUGCAUAUUGCGAGAGAUUUGUAGAAUUUCUUAUAUGCCUUGAUUUUCAACUGCCCACUCGCCGCCAUGUUCAUAUCUUGCUUUUCGAUCAUUUAGUUGUGACUAGCUGUUUAAACAGUACACUCUAUGCACUGUCUCUUAAAGUCAAAAAAAUUGCGACCUCUACUUUGGCAACAAUAGAUUCAUGGGUUUUUCAUGAAUACACACCUGGACCUAUUUUUAAACGAUUGGUGGACCGUCUUGAGUACUACUCAACUUUUCCUAUUGACGAUGUUACUGGAGCAGCACUUUCAGCUCGAGAUGUGCUUGAUAAACACUAUGCCUGCAUUCAUAAGGUCCAAAAGAUCUGUUUCACUUUAUUCAACGAUUCUCUUGGAGAGUUUUCGUUACUGAGUAUUAGCAAUAUGUCUUGCGAGGAGAUCAAAUCACACUUCAAGCCUUUGAGUGACGCUACUCUACAAGAGUUUUGUAAGCGUGUCGGCAUUCGUACUACAUUGCCCUUGACGCGAGCCGAUGCAAUGGUGCACUCGCGCAGUUUUUUAAUUGAUAUGAUUUGCCAACUGUUGACAAAACCAAAACUUCGUAGUGACACAAUACACAUGGAGUCCGUUUAUCCAACUGAAAAUACACUUUUUGACGAAUCAGUCUGUCCUGCUAACAAUCUUUUUAGUAACACCCACUGUUCUCCUGUUCCGAAACUCACCCUUCAAUACUUGACUAUGCAAGACUAUGCUCUUCGCCAGCUUGAUCUUCAUAAAAUUUACUUUUUCAUGCAACUUCGAGAUUACAUUGAAGACGCCAUCAUGCGUCUUUCUCCCACCUAUUUGAAGGAUACAAUGUCUUCUAAAGGUAGCACUAUAUUCAAAGGAUUUUCUCAAAUAGCCCUGCCUAUUGUUCAGUUUCAAAUAUCUGAAGUUGGACAUCCAAUGCUUACUGAAUCCAAGCCUGCUUUUGUUAAAGGGGACCUUGUCUAUUCUGUUGGAAAACUUGCACAUAAUGUGCGAAACGAGUGGGAUAUGAUUCGUCCGGGUGAUCACUUGAUUCUCCUGAAUGUUCAAAUGCAACCCACUGCAAAUGAAGACGGAUUUGAUCCUAUUGUGACGGAUCUUAAUAUCGGGGAGAGCGGCGCGCUUUUUAUGAAACGCUAUGGUAUUGUUUCUGUGCGAGGCUGCGAGGUUUGUGAAUUGCUUGGGGAAAAUGGAAAACCAGUAGACGAUUUUAUAUCUGCCCAGACUACCCGCAUUCACGAAGAUAAGCCUAGAGUAUGGCGUAAUCAGAGAUCCAUUAGCGUACUAUUUGAUACAAAUCAGUAUCUUUUAGACACUCUCACUGGAAAUAAGGCAAAAACGAAUGUGAGCGAUACUUUUAAUGUAGUGAUCCGACUGCGUUCUGAGCUAAACAAUUUCAAAGCGGUUUUGGACGCUUUGCGCGAUGCCGCCCACUGCAGCGACAUAGUACCAGAAUGGUUUCAUGAUCUUGUUCUUGGCUAUGGAGAUCGAAAAAGUGCCCACUAUUCUCAGUUGGAGUUUUCAGAUUGUCCUGUGUAUGUUGGUAAAACUUUUGAAAGCCUUGCUCAUCUGCAAGAGUCUUUUCCUAAUUGGAAGUUUUCUGCAGCAUAUGGUUCGUCUAAAACAGAUGGAAAUGAUAUUUUGGCUCCUCCUUUUGUGUUGACAUUACCACAGGCUCUUUUUGUAGCCAGCGAGUCUCGAGAUCCGCUACCACUCUCCGAAUUAAAAAUUGGUAGCAAACGCAGCUCUGACGCCAUGGAAGAUUCUUCCUUGCAAACUAAUGAUUCAGUUACUGUCAAAGUCGAAUCUGUUGGCACGCCCAUGGAUUCGAUACUUGAUAGUACGGACAACUUUGCAAAAGCCAAAAGCCUUAAAUUUACACGUGAGCAAUCCGAUGCAAUUAUAUCAGGAUCUAUAAAAGGACUGACGCUUAUAUCAGGAGUGCCUGGCUCUGGAAAAACUAGUAUUGCUGCUCAAAUUGUAUCAAACAUUGUCAAUGGAUGUCCGUCAGAUCGUACAUUGGUUGUAGCUCCUACUCAACGCCAAUUAGUUCGACUCUUAGGAAACUUGAUUCAGUUUGGCGUAAACGAACGCUAUGUUAUUUCAUUAUCUCAUGGAUUCGGUGAGCUUCGAGCAGACAGUGACGAAGCUUUGGGAAAGCUAGGUCGUAUAAACCAUCUUUUAUCUCGUCGAAAGCAUCUGCUCACUCGAGUUGAUCAACUGGCUAAAUCAAUUGGGGUUCCUGGAGAACACGGUAGCUCCUGCGAAACUGCAAACUACUUUUACUCGUUCCAUGUUAAUUCGCUAUGGACUCAAUAUUUGGAAGAUAGUAGUCGACAGUCAUCCCUUGCGUCCAUCACGAAGAAUUUUCCCUUUACCCACUUUUUUACAUCUGUAAAGGACCGCCAAAGGAUCAGUUUACUUUUUUCAGCAAACUCCCUAGAAAGUGCAGUUUCUGCUGCGACUAUGCUGUACCAACAUAUACAAGACAUAUUUAAUGAACUUGCUGAAACACAGGCGUUGGAGUUGUUGCGAUCUCGCAAAGAUCGCGCAGAUUAUAUUAUAUCAAAACAAGCACGCGUUAUUGGUAUAACGGCAACGGACAUUUCUCUUAAACGUCGCGAACUAGCUCGACUUGGAUUCCACUUUCAAAACUUUAUUGUUGAUGAUGCUCAUCAGAUGUUUGAGAUGGAUACACUUGUAUCGCUAUUGCUGAAUCGUCAUACUACGUGGCAAACGCCUAAAAACGACCAGGAUAUGCUAGAUGGACUGAAGCGCAUUGUUAUGACUGGCAAUGCCGUUUCUUUGCCACGAUACAUUUCUAGCAAUGCACUAAAGUAUUAUUCCAAUUUUGAUCAAAGUUUGUUUUCACGCCUCAUCAAGCUUGGUGUCCCGACACUGACAUUAAAUGUGCAACGUCGCCUACGUCCAUCCAUUGCAUGCUUUUCGCGCGUAUUCUAUCCAUUGAUGCGUUGCGUUCCCACCGACCAAUUGGAUUUGCAAAUGAAACUAGCCAACCCAGGUUUUGUAUACGAUGCACAAUUUAUCAACGUAGAUCAAUUUCUUGGUCAACACGAAACUGAGCCCCGCAAAGAUUUUUUCCAAAAUCUUGGAGAAGCCGAAUAUCUAGUUGCUGUGUUCCAGUAUAUGCGAUUGAUUGGGUAUCCAGCUGGAAAAAUUGCCAUUUUGACACCAUACAAGGGGCAAAAAGAACUUAUUCGGGAUGUUUUAGAGCAACGCUGUUCAUGGAAUCCAGUAUUUGGCACGCCACAGCAUAUUAAAACGAUUGAUGAGUUUAGGGGCAAUGUGGCAGACUAUGUUUUGGUGUCACUUGUCCGCACACGCACAGCUGGUGUUAUGGAUGAUCAAAUCAAGAUGGCAUCAUUGCUGUCAUCUGCUCGCUUGGGAUUUCAGGGAUUUUCUCGAGAGUUGGACAACUCUAGCUUUGAAAUUGGGGCAGAUGGAGACUUGCCAGAGACUUUGAAAAACCCAUCCAUUGUUUGCAUGAGCAAUGUGGAGCAUAUGGGUCAAUAUGUUCACCAGAUGGCUCAAGAACAAUUAUCUUGGCUGCAGCAGCAAGUCAUAUCUCAACCAUCAGGACAUGGGGCACGCAAUGGAAAAUGA